AUGAAGUGGAUGGUGGUGGCCUUGGCCAGCCUCCAGCUCUUGGAGGCCGCAGUGGUCAAAGUCCCCCUGAGCAAACGAGAGUCCAUCUGGGAGACCAUGAAGGAGAAGGGCUUACUGGGGGAGUUCCUGAGGACCCCCAAGCACGACCCUGUGCAGAAGUACCACUUUGGCAACCUCAGUGCCGUCUACGAGCCCCUGGCCUUCCUGGAUAGUCUCUACCUUGGUGAGAUCAGCAUUGGGACUCCUCCGCAGAACUUCCUUGUCCUUUUUGAUACUGGUUCAUCCAGCCUGUGGGUGCCCUCUGUCCACUGCCAGAGCCAGGCCUGUGCCGGUCACUCCCACUUCAACUCCAACGCGUCCUCUACUUACUCCAGCAACGGGCAGAUCUUCUCCGUGCGAUACGGCAGUGGCGGCCUCCGCGGCAUUUACGGCUAUGACACUCUAAGGGUCCAGAGCAUCCAGGUUCCCAGCCAGCAGUUUGGCCUGAGUGAGCUUGAGCCAAGUCCCUAUUUCCUCCAUGCAAAGUUUGAUGGCAUCAUGGGCCUGGCCUUCCCUUCCCUGGCAGAGGGUAGGACCACCACCCCCCUGCAGGGCAUGCUGCGGGCAGGCGUCCUCUCCAGCCCAGUCUUCAGCUUCUACCUGGGCAGACAGAUGAACCCUCAGAAAGGAGCAGUUCUCAUAUUCGGGGGGAUCGACCACAGCCUGCACAGGGGUCCGAUCUACUGGGCCCCCAUCACCCAGGAGCGCUACUGGCAGAUUGGCUUUGAGGAGUUCCUCAUUGGUGGCCAUGCCACCGGCUGGUGCUCCCAGGGCUGCGAGGCCAUCGUGGACACAGGCACAUCUCUGCUCACGGUUCCCCAGCAGUACCUGAGUUACCUUCUGCAGGCUACAGGGGCCCAGGCGGACCAGUAUGGACAGUUUAUGGUGGACUGUAACAACGUCCAGAGCCUGCCCACCUUGACCUUCCUCAUCAAUCGUGUGCAGUUCUCCCUGCCAUAUUCCUCGUACCUCUUCAGAGGAAAUGACAUUUGUGCCAUUAGAGUCCAGGCCACCUACCUGCCCUCUAGCAGUGGCCAGCCCCUGUGGAUCCUCGGGGACGUCUUCCUCAGGUCCUACUAUUCCAUCUUCGACAUUGGCAACAAGAGGGUGGGCUUUGCCGUUGCCACCUAGACUGAGUGCCUGGAUGCCUGGGCUCCCUUCUUCCUCUAGAUCCCCCACCCCGAGCUUCUCUGUGUGCUUCUUCUCUGGACUCAGCCUUCUUUUUCUAGAUUUUGGAUUUUCUCUCAUAAUAAAUAGUUCUUUUCCAUGUUG